AUGGCGGUGUUUCGAGUGGUCAUCCUAAUCAUUUUGGCACUCGUGAAAGCGUCAACAUGCUUCACAACGUCCUGGUCGUCGUCGUCAUCAUGCCGAUCAUGCCGAUCAUCAUCAAGUCUCAUGGCAUCCGUAGCAACUACCACUCUGACUGACAAAACCACAUGGAAAUUGAGGUUUCUCCUCCAAGGCCUUCCAACCGAAAAGGGCAAGAAAGUAGAGGAAAUGUUGUUCACGAUCAAUGCUCAGUUCAUUGAAGAAGAAGGAUACGAACCACCACAGGGCGAUCUUCAACAAGUCUACUUGGAUGAUGCUGAUCAAGAAAAAGAAGAAGAAGAAGAAGAAAAAAAUACUGCUACAGGUACAGCAGUUGCUGGUCAAUUGAGAAUCACAAAGAGCCGAUGGUUGCUCUCCGAGGAUCCCACGGAACGAAAAGAUGGUCUCUGGGUUUGGGGGCUCUUCAAGGAACCCUUGUAUCCCUUCCUUUUGCUGCAAUUGGAAACGGAUCGAGUGCCAUUGCCAGGAGAGGAUGAUGAUGCUAUCAAACCGCUCAAGUUGUUUGCUCAGCUCAAUCAUCAGCGGGAAAAGGAAAUUGGAGUCAUACUGAAAGGAGGGGACUUGAAAAUCCGACAAAUGGAAACUAUGAAAGCGGAUCCAUUUGGUGCAGCAACAGUGGAUGUUUACGAUGAAGUCACAAUCGGAAAGAUUAACAUUGAGGCAAUUUGA